AUGAAGCGCCUUGUGUUAAUUUGUAUGUGGCUCGCUGAGGAUUUCCAAUUAGUACUUAAUGUUGGAUUAAAGGAGACGCCGACUCUUGGUUCUAAAAAUCCUCCCAGACUUCUGACGAAAGAUAUAAUCAGUGGUGGAUUUGAAUAUAACGUCUCUCAGAAUCACAGUGUCUUCUUCUAUCAUGAGGACUCUGAUGAGAUGUAUGUUGGAGGGACUGAUUUUGUUCUAAAACUUGAUGUUACAAACAACCAUAUCAUAGAGAAAUUUAAUCUGCAUACCACCGGGCAACAGCAGUGCCAAGAGGGUCCCUGCCAAAAUGUCAUCACUGUCAUUGAGAAGUUUCAAGACAGUCUGUUUGUCUGUGGGACAAAUGGACACAAACCACAGUGCUGGAAGCUUUUUUCUUCAGUGAACAAUCAGUCUAAUCAAAUUGUUGACAGCUAUGAGGGGACGGGCAUCUCUCCAUUCAUUUACACACAGAACUCGCUCUCUCUCACAGUAGAGGAGGACCUAUAUGCAGCAGCACCAUUGUAUAGUGAUGGGAGUUCAUUACAAUUCAGAAGGAAGGCUGGAAGUAGAACUAAUGUCUGGAUGGAUGACAAUUGGGUCUCAGAGCCCACAUUCAUCUCUGCAUCCUGGGUGAGGCGGAAGGACGAUGCCGACAAUGAGAAAAUGUACAUCUUCUUCCGUGAAAAGAAUUCAGCCCACAACCCAGAGGCUGACCCUUGGAUUUCCAGAGUGGCCAGAGUUUGUAAAAUUGAUGAAGGUGGUUCAAAGAGAUUCUUCCAGAAUAUAUGGACAUCUUUUCUUAAGGCCCGUCUUGUCUGUGGGUUUCCAGAGGAGUCGCUGUAUUUCAACCGCCUCCAAGAUAUCUAUGUGAUGCACGCCGACGACUGGCAUGACACAAGAGUCUAUGCACUCUUCACAAGUAGCUGGAACUCAACAGCAGUUUGCAUUUAUUCUGUAGAAAUGAUUGAAGAUAUAUUUGAGAAUUCGACCUUCAAAGGCUACAAUGACGAAAUCCCCAAACCAAGGCCAGGAACGUGUGUAAAAAAUAGCAAGACUCUACCACUGGCCACUGUCAAUAUGGUGAAGGAUUAUCCAGAAAUGAAUGACUGGAUCCAUUCGGUGCACUAUAAAGCUCCAUUUUAUGUUAGCAGCUACAACUACACAAAGAUAGCUGUGGACAGAGUCCAGGCCGCAGACGAGCACUUGUAUAACAUUCUGCUUCUAGCCACUGAUUCUGGGAAGAUCCAUAAAGUCUUAGAGUCUGGCUCUGAACCUUUCAUCAUCUCUGAAACACAACUCACCAGUCAGUCAACCGUACAAUCAAUGAAACUUGACUCCAAAAAGAAAAAAUUAGUUGUAGGCUUUUCAGAGAAAAUCUCAAUCGUGGACCUCCAGAGUUGUCAAGAGUACAACAAAUCCUGUGCAGAUUGUGUUCUGGCUCGUGACCCAUACUGUGCCUGGACUAAUCAAGGAUGCACCCCGACUGUCCUUGGGGGCAUUCAAAAUAUUGUUGAUGGGCAAAAAAGUGUAUGCCCUACAUCAGUAGGAGACCACAAGCAAGGAAACCGGACCAAACGAAACACUGUUUCACCAUCAACAGUGGAUGUGACGACUGUUCACUCUGUUUCCCUGGGUGUCCCUUUCUAUCUGUCAUGUCCUAUAGAUUCUUACCACGCUGUCUACACCUGGGAGCAUGGAGGCCAGAGCAGCCCUUGUCUACAAAUGCAGUCUAAUUGCCUACUCCUCAUCCCUGCCAUGGUACAUGGGAACUAUGGCAGCUAUGAGUGUAUUUCCCAAGAAAAAGACUACACCAAUGUGGUGAAAAAAUAUCAUCUUGAAAAGCAAGUAAUUAUAGAAACAAAAAGAAAUAUUGUUUUCCCUGCCGAAAAGAAUAAUGUAUCAGCUGUUACUCUGCACAUAGUAUGGAUAACACUUGGACUGUCUGUAGCAGUAUUGGAGUUUUCCAUAUAGAAGAUGCACAAAUAACUAAUUGCAUCCGUUUGUCCCUGUGUUUUAAUUAUAGCAUCAACAAUCUAGGGGCGCUUUGUCCUUGCUAUUGUUAAUCAGACCAGGAUGCAGAUAGCACUGCAGCUAAACAAUUCAAACGGGAACACUCCUGCAGUGAACGUUAUACCUUAUUUGUGCAAGUGAUCAUAUAGUGGUGUUUGGCAGAAGUGUCUGCUUUUCAUUUUUACAGGAACACACAAGUGUGUUUUUAAAAGGGUGCCAGAACAGGAAAUGGUGAUGUAGAGAGAAAGUGAGAAUUCUGGGCAGUAGUAAGGCACAGCGUGACUUAUGUGAAGGGCCUAAUGGUGUUUGUCUGGAUCAACUGCACAAGUCACAACAAUGCUCCAUUAGGUAAGAGUUUGUUACAAGGUGAUAAAGAGAAGGAACAAGAAGUAAUCUAAAGGGAAUUACUUUUGUUUUGUCUGUAUGUGACAAUAACAUUCAAACCAAACACAUCAUCAAGAUAUUGUGUAACAAUGAGUGACAAAGCCUCCGGUCUGGAGGCCACAGAUAAACAGUAGGGGUGGUGUAGUUUCUGAGCUGUGGUAGUGAGGUUUGCACAUAUUUCAGGGCAGGACAAUGUUAAGUUCCUGUGUAAAAUGCCUUUGCGCCCCACUUUGGUCCAUUUAUGGUUUCAUUUGUAUCGGAUUGUUAAGGGAAGGGCAGUGGCAGCCAGACACCCUCAAUACAUUUCCCUGCUUUGUUUAACCUCCCCCUCCCACUUUCAUAACAGUUAGCAAUAAGGAAGUACACAAAAUGUCUAAACUUUUCAAAUUAGACACUGUUUAAUUUAUAGAAAAAAAUAUAGAUUUUUGUUUAUAUUUUAUAAUGAUAUUAUCCCUGACUGGCUAUAUCAGUAGCAAUACUAUAACACAGAUUGCACUUUAAGCAGAACAAAUCAGAUCAGAACAAAAUUGUUAUGACAGUCUACAUUGUACAUGCACUUUGUCAAUGAAGAGCUAUUUUUCUAGUUAUUUAUAUUUAAGGUGUUUGACUCAAAUGUUUUAAAUCAUUACAAUAAUAUAUUUAUUAUGUAGAGUUUAUUUUGGUUUAUUUUUGUUUUUGUAUUUGCAAGUAAUAUCCGUAUGAUUUAAACAGCAGUAUUCUGUAUACCCACUGUUCUUUCUGAAGAAUGUA